AUGGCAGACGAGGAGCUGAAGAAAGCGUUCUCUGAGCUUCAGGUGAAGCGAAUGGAGACGACUCAACUGGUGGCCGUGUCAGAGGGACAGCGACAGGCUCUGCAGCGGAGCAUCACGCACUCUCAGCUCACGUGCAAGGAGAUAACCGAGUUUCCGGAGGGCACGCCGCUCUAUCAGAGCGUCGGACGGAUGUUUCUACUGGCCACGAAGGAGGAGGUAAAAAAAUCGCUGUCGGGAAACGAAGCAUCGGCCAGGGAAAAGAUCGGGGAGAUAGAAAAGAACAUCAGUCGCUGGGAAAAGGCGCUGAAGGAACAGGAGGACAGUCUGAGAGAACUCGUAUCGCACAAACAGAGCGAGAAAUGA